AUGGUGGAAAAAGAAAAGGUAAUCUUUUGCUUGCCAGAAGUUUAUCGAAACGACUUCAUUUUCGAUCAAUUAAUUGGAUUGAUCAAUGAGUCCUGUGAUUGCCAAACAGCAAGUCGAACUCCGACAAUAAAGAUGAGGGAACCCACCAAAACUUAUCAUAGAGCCGAUGUCUUGUGGGGAAAGGCCAACCAAACCCCAUCCAUUGUGGAGGCCGUUCAAUUUCAUGGCAUUAAUAUCACAAAAAAUGAUGCUCUCAUAAAAGAAGUUGCCGAGCUUUACCGAAGUAACAACCUCGAUCAGUUGGUCCACGAUUCAAACUGUGCUGCAAAGCAUUUGCAAGAAGUUGGAUUGAUGGAAAAUGCUACCGCUUUAAUCGAUACAGCCCAGAGUAAAGAAGGCUACAUUGUCAACUUUGUAGUCAAAGAGCCAAAGCCAUUCACGUUUGGAGUCAAGGCGGGAAUGAGUACUCAAGGUGAUGCCGACCUCUCGCUAAACGCUGCAAAACAAAGCUGUUUUGGACGUGGUGAAUCAAUCAACGCUUCCUACUCAAAUACCAUCAAAGGCGAUCAUAGCUUCAACCUGAAUUUCAUCAAGCCAUUUCUUGGUUGGCAAAAAUAUUCGAAUUUCACCAUGUCGUUGUAUCGCUCAAUGGCUCAUCUGCCUUGGAAUCAAUCGAAUUUGGAUGAAAAUGCUGUGAUCCUACAAUAUAACGGGCAACUCUUCAACAAAAAGCUUUUGCAUUCCCUGAAAAUGAAUUCUAUUUGGAGGACUUUGCGAGUUACCGACGAUGCAGCUUUCGCAGUUCGCGAGUUUUCAGGACAUACGAUGAAGUUUUCAUUUGAAAAUUCGGUCGCAUAUGACACGCGUGAUCGGCCAUUGCUGGCAACACGCGGUUUGCUGGGGAGAUGGUCACAAGAAUACGCAGGACCCUUGGGUGAUCAUCAUUUUUUGAAGAAUCAAUUGGAUUUUCAAGCAUCGACGCUCCUUUUCAAAGAUGUGAUCUUGGCUCUUUCACUUCAAGUGAAAUCAGUCAACAGCCUUGGUUCCAAGGAGUUACAUUUGUUGGAACGAGCUUAUUUGGGCGGCAACCAGGACCUACGCGGUUUCGGACUCAAUACAGUUGGGGUCAGAGCGGAUAAUUCUUGCCUCGGAGGAGGAGCGGCUCUCGCGGGAGUGUUUCACCUGUAUAAGCCACUGUUUCCUCCACAAAUGCUUUACGCACACGCAUGGAUUGCCGGAGGUUCGAUAGCAUCGGUUCGAUCCAAAUCUGCAAUCAAGGAUAUGCUUGAAGCUCAACGGAGCACGGCCGGGAUUGGACUUACAUUCGUCUUCAAAAAUAUUUUCCGCCUUGAAUUGAAUUAUGUUCAUCCAAUUCAGACUGUCCCAGGCGAUUCUUUUACCCGUGGGCUUCAUAUAGGUGCUGGUGUGAAUUUUAUC